CUGAUUCAUAGGCGAUACUGCCAUUUUACACAUGAAGUUUAACUGAAAAAAUGAAUAAUCAGCUACCUAACAAAAAAACAUUUGUAAYAUGUAAGAACCAUUUGUAAAUGCCUUCAGAUUAAACCAUAGGAUAUGGAAAAACUCGGUGUCACUGCUACAAGACCUCGACACGAACACAGGGAAGCUCGAGAGAAAAUACACUAAUCAUAUGCUAUUUUGUAACGUCUUCAAAAUCAGUCUAGCAGCAAUCAUCUAACCAGCGCGAACGUUGUGUGAUCACCAACCGAGCAUUGGUAGGCUAACUAAUCAAUGAUUGCUGCUGUUCAUGUAGUAUACUGUACUGGCUGUACACUAACUGGCAUCAUCACCCUUAGAAAGCUUUUACGGGGAUACAUUCACGACCAUCCGAACGAAUCAUUAUCGGCUGAUUUCGGUGUGGUCCGUUUGGGAUAAGGUUUUUGGAUUUGUAUGUGGACCAUUGGAUUGCCAAUAAAAUAUAUGGUUUACUGACUGUAGCCGUCUAUUUUAUUUGGCUGCCGUAUGAAUUCUGCCAUCGGAUUCGCGUCAGUGUACGUUUUUUGUUUUCAGACGGGCAAUCUGUUUAGAGGGCACGCUCCCAAUCACCACUAAAGACAUUUUGAUUUCUAAUUCCCCGAUUACUUGCUUUUGGAACAUGUCUGGACAGUCWAUCACGGAUCGGAUCGCUGCGGCUCAGCACAGCAUGACAGGAUCCGCUAUAAGCAAAGCCGUCUGCAAGGCCACGACGCAUGAAGUCAGCGGACCCAAGAAGAAACACCUUGACUACCUGAUCCACUGCACCAACGAGCUGAACGUGAGUGUCCCCCACCUGGCUGACACGUUGUUUGAGAGGACGGCCAACAACAGCUGGGUGGUGGUGUUCAAAUCCCUCAUCACCACGCACCACCUCAUGAUGUACGGCAACGAGCGAUUAAUCCAGUACCUGGCGUCCAGAAACACACUUUUUAACCUGAGCAACUUCUUGGAUAAGGGGGCAUUACAAGGUUAUGACAUGUCAACGUUCAUCAGACGCUACAGCAGGUAUCUGAAUGAGAAGGCCCUGUCCUACAGACUGGUGGCUGUGGACUUCACCAAGAUGAAGAGAGGGGUUGAUGGUAUGAUGCGCACCAUGACCGUUGACAAGCUGAUCAAGACUCUACCUAUCAUUCAGAAUCAGCUGGAUGCUCUGCUGGACUUUCAGGCUAACUCUAAUGAAUUGACCAAUGGCGUCAUCAACAACGCCUUCUUGCUGCUCUUUAAAGACUCCAUCCGCCUCUUUGCUGCCUACAAUGAAGGAGUUAUCAACAUGCUGGAGAAAUAUUUUGACAUGAAGAAGAACCAAUGCAAAGACGCCCUGGAGAUCUAUAAGACGUUUCUGAACAGAAUGACCAAGCUGUCAGAGUUUCUCAAAGUUGCAGAGCAAGUUGGAAUUGAUCAGGGUGACAUCCCCGAUCUCACACAGGUCAGUGGUACAUUUCAUCUCAAUAUCUCUCAUGUGGCUCCAUUGUAAACGCUCUCAUUCCCUACUCACCCUACAGACUUCCACAAGCCCUUCCUCUCAUUCUGAUGCACCCCCCUCUCUCUGAGCUCUGGGGUACAGAGGGGGCUACUUUCAAAAUGGGUUCCAAAUAUGUGACCCUUUCUAAUUUUGAAGAUUGUGCAAAACAUACGUUUUAGUGAUAUAGCAGACGCUCUUAUCCAGAGUGACUUACAGUUAGUGCAUUCAUCUUCAGAUAGCUAGUUGGGACUACAACAUAUCACAGGCAUAGAAAGUACAUUUUACCUCAAUAAAGUAGCUGUCAGUAGAGCCAGAGCUACAAAGGGUCAAGUGCUGGUGAUUUUCUUGUUGUUGUUGCUUUACCUUGAUUUUAGUAUUUUUUUCUAGUUGAAUCACAGAAUCACAAAAUACAUUUAGUUUGAUUUUGAAAUGACACUGAAAAGUCAGGCAAAUUCAGCCUCUGUCCUAGCAGAUAUGGGCCUAUGGUGUUUGCCCAUAUAAGCCUUUUGUACAUCCCUUCAUGAUUUCUCAUGCAGUUUAACUUUGUGUUGCCUCAAAAUGAACACUAUUGUACCUAUUUUUCCUGAAAAGAUAUCCCAUCGAAAUAGCUGUGGGGAGAGCAGCGAAUGGUUUCUACCAAAUUGGUUUAUGCAAAUAUUUCUUGAAAAGUGUCCGUAAUGCCGUCCUAAGCAGUGCAUAACAGCUGAUGUGACGCUACAAACACUUGUUGAAGCUUUCUUCAAUGACACUCAUGGUGUUUCCCUCCACAUUGGGAAAAAUAAUCAUGAACAAAUGUUUCUGUCAACUGUUAUGUCAUGUUUGCAGUGCUUAUGAAGACCUUAUGUAUCCCUGUUCAACUAAAUAGUAACCCAUGUCUUUACUGAACUGUAGAUGGUUUUUUCUUUACUUUAAACUUUUAGAAUAUUCUAGCAUUCUCUGAAGAAGGAUAUCCAGAAUUCUAAUUAUUCAUGUUUCCCCCAAAUAAUUCUACAAGUUGCUGCAUGAGUUAAGAUUGUGUUCUGUAAUGAAAAGCAAGCCUCUGGUUGAAACAUGGGUAUGACAUGUGCAAAAUUAAUUUGCUCAUCCUUGGUUUAUUAAACCAUCUUUUUUUAUAURUUUAUAAAAUAUGCUAUUAUUUUGCCAAAUGUGUUUACCUGAUUUUCAUCAGAUAUUUGGCUUUUCUGUCAGUUAACUCGUUUGGCUCCCAAACCCUUUUUGAAUUGGACACUAAGCUAAUGACAAAAUUGUAGCAUCCACUAAUAUUAUGUCUCCUCUAACCUGUAAAAUACAAUUUAUUAAAUGAAUAUUCAUGAAUGAAUAGUGAUACUCAAAUUAGCAUAUAAAACGGAAUCCAUUGGUUAACUGGCCAUUAAUGGACUGUGAUGUGUGUGGGGGCAUAGAUGCAUGGGCUAAGCUCUUUUCUGUAUUCUGAACCCCUCAAGCCCAUACACUGUAAUGACCUCCCAGGCCUGUCUACUUGAUUGCAUGAGAGAGAUGACUGAUCUGUGCAUGUCUGGCGUGAAGCCAAACCUAAUUAUACCAGAUCUAUUGAUAUGUAAAAAUAGCUGCAAAUAUGGAGACUAUGCUGAACAAUGUGUUAUUUGGCUCGUUGUGCGUGUCUGUGUGCUUGUGCGUGCAAAAAUGUGUGCGCACCGCACCUGUGUGUCUGACAGCACGCUUUUGGGUGUGUGUGUUUCCCCAAUCUUUCUACACAAUGCUGUUCUCCCUUGGUAAAGUAUUGUUACUUUCACCCC